AACCUCCCAACGCAACUUUGGGUCCCUUUUGCUACGUAGGAGCAACACUUGGAUCCUCCCUCAUAUGGCGUCUCACAUCUUCAACCUCCUCCUCGCACCGACGGCCUCGAAUCGAAUCCUGCGCCUAUGAGUGCAUCAUCUCGAGCCCGGUAGUCUACACUAGCCCCCCGACCUACCUGCGGGGUCUCCCUACCCGCAAUGACAGCCGCAGCCACUGCCCGGUUGAGGUCUCUGAGCCCGCACGUGCUGCGAGCCGUCGGCACAGCUCCUCGCGCCGCGGCGUUCACACGGCAUAGAGGAACAUUUGCGCGGAGGCGAGGGAAGGCUGUUGAACCUCAGCCAAUUGGCAGCGAGAAGGUCCGGUCGCUCAAUGCCUCGUCUGGUGUUAUCGGUGGUGCGGCCAGCCGGCCUGUGGUAAACCAGAGCGCUGCUGAGCAACAACCACCUCAACCUACUCCGACCGAAGAGACUCCCUCGGAACCCGACACGUCUAGUCAGAACUUCUCGACCCAGUCCGGUGAAGCGACGAGCAGCAAACCUCAGCCGAAAGAGAGUGAAACACCCCAGGAGGAGCGGGCUAGGCUGGCUCGAGAGGAGGCGAAGCAGAGCGGCCCCUUGGAGGCUGUUCUGCACAUGGAGCCACCCCAGACUAUGAGGCAUGGCCCUGCCAUGUGCCCACCGCCAUAUAUCCAUCACUUUGACAGCUACUCGCUGGUCAAGCAGCUGCAGGAAGGGGGGUACUCUCAGGAACAGGCGACAACAGCCAUGAAGGCAAUUAGGGCGCUGCUCGCACAAAAUCUUGAUAUUGCGCAGUCGACUCUGGUUAGCAAGAGUGAUGUGGAAAACGAAACAUACCUCUUUACGGCAGCUUGCUCAGAGCUUAGCACGGAGAUCAAGAAUAACCGAAGGCUCGAAGAAGAGCAAUUACGUCAACAACGAACGCAUCUGCAACAUGAGGUGGACAUCUUGACUCAGUCCCUUAACCAGGAGGUCUUGACACUAAAUGACAAUGUGCGAGGGUUGUUUAAUGACCGCAAGAUGGCAGUGAGUGAAGAGCAGAAGGUGGGACAGAGCGCAGUCCAGCAAAUCAACUACAAGAUCAGCAUCGUACUUAGUAGCGAUGCCAAGUCUGAGAUCGAGGCAGUACGUUGGAUCCUGAUCCGUCGAUCAGUCCUGGGCAUCCUCUUCAUGGCUGUUCUCACACUGGGCACACUCCGAUAUGCGACCUAUGUCAGCCAUGAGCGACAAAGGGAAGUAGAGAAGAAGAAGAAAGAGGAGGAAGAGAGACGAAGGAAUGGCGGCAAACAAGACCGAACGUCAGAUGCCGACGCGGCUGUGAUCCUGGCUGCCAACUGAGAGUCUUAAUCGAUCACAACAACUACAACAGAUGAACGACAAUAUUUCCUUGGGAUUUAUAACCGAUACCCUUAUAGACUUUUGAACUGGGAGGAGUAACCACACACUGGGAGAGGGAUUGGGAUUGGGACCCUAGAUGCUAUGAGCUAUGAUGAAGGAUUGGAGAGACAACUCCACACAUAACGUACAGAAACAGAACAGAAAACUACACUCGGCUUUGACAAGCCUAUUUCCUAGACGUAUACAUAGAUUUCGAAUACAUAGACCACACCCUACGA